AUGAUGUUCGAUAGUAAGGAAGCUUUGUUGGAAGCUAUAAGAGUGUAUUAUAUUCCUAGAAAUGUGGAGUAUAGAACAGAGACUUCAAUCCAAAUCGUCAUUACCUUGAAGUGUAAGCGGGGUUGUUCAUGGAGACUCUGGGCUAUGCUCGACUCAUAUUCAAUCUUUAUGGCGUAUUAUUACGUACAAUGUGAGGGCUUCAAUCAUGGUAAACCUCUUAUCGCUAUUGACGGCACACACUUGUAUGGUAAGUAUCCUCAUACCUUAUUGAUUGGUAUUGCCCAAGAUGGUGAUAAGGGAAUCUUUCCAUUAGCGUUUGCCUUGGUUGAGAAGGAGUGUAUAGGUGCAUGGUCGUGGUUCAUAGCUUGUAUUCGUAAGCAUGUCACACAGAGGAUGGGUUUAUGGGUUAAUUCUGAUAGACACGCGGAUAUUUUAGCAACCAUGGAAGAGCCGGAGUGGCAACCACCUUAUGCCCAUCAUAGGUUAUGCUUACGUCACUUGCUUAGCAACUUUAAUCAUGCUAUGGGUAAUGUUCAACCGAAGAAGUUGUUUGGUAGAAUUUUUGAGCAAAGACAACAAGCUAAGUUAAUGAAUGGCUUGAAGACAAUUGGGAUCGCAAAACGAGAGGCAAUUUUCUGGAUUGAUGAAGUAGGUGACAUGUCUAAGUGGUCGUUGUGUCAUGAUGGGGGUUAUAGGUAUGGCAUUACUAACACGAACUUAGUUGAAGUUUUCAACUUUGUGAUUAUGUGUGUACGUUUCUUGCCUUUAACUACACUAGUUGAAUUCACCUUCUAUAAGGUAAAUGAUUAUCUCGUUUCUUAG